AUGAUGAUAGGUAUUAAAGCAAGUGUUUUGGCGUAUAAAGUCCUGAGUGAAGCUGACGCGUUGGUGGUCGUGGUAAAUACUUUCCUUUCUGAUUAUCUAGGAGCAGUCUCAACAUCUCUUUGGGUUUAGCUGCUAGCAAGCUUCCUGACCAUGGCGCACGUCGUUCAGCCUUUGGAUCAGCCUUCAAAUUACAAAGAUUCUCAGACCAGAAUAGAACGCGCGAAACAGAAUGACCUUCUCUCCAAAUCUACAACAUUAUACAUUGGUAAUUUGAGUUUUUAUACCACAGAAGAGCAAAUAUAUGAGUUGUUCACUAAAUGUGCCAGCCCGGAGGACGGUGGAGGUAUCAAACGAAUAAUUAUGGGCCUUGACCGAAACACACGCACACCAUGCGGGUUCUGCUUCGUGGAGUACUACACUCAUGGAGAAGCCCUUGCUAGCAUGAAGUAUGUUAGUGGUACCAAGCUGGACGAGCGUAUCAUUCGGUGUGAUCUGGACCUAGGCUAUAAGGAGGGCAGGCAAUUUGGACGGGGUAAGAGUGGCGGUCAGGUACGAGACGAGCACCGCCAGGAUUAUGAUCCAGGACGAGGCGGAUGGGGUGCACAAGCGCAGAGGCUUGAGGCUGAGCGCCGCAGAGAAGUGGAAGAACGGUACGCGGAUGCACAAGAAGGACCUGGUGCGGUUGCUGGAGGAGGCGGUGACUGGAAAGAAUCCGAAACAGCGGUUCCUUCACGGAAACGCGGACGGUCACCAGAUGAUGAAGGAGACAACAUUCGUAUGGGUCACCAUCGUUCACGGGACGACAUGGAAGUCGAACGAAUGUGAAAGUACUGGCUGUUACAGUUUGCUUUCCUUAUACUCUUACUUUUGGCGCGAGACAUCAAAAUGUGAAACUAUACGAUAGUAAUUAUGGGAUGUAUGAGCUGAUGGUCAGUAUACGACACGAGCACGCAAUUGGUAUCUCUUCGCCCAGUGUUCUGGUUCAUAAUAUGUCAUGUGUAAUUUCCGUACAAGACGAUGAGCCUCAGCAAUCGAUGUGGGCCGAACCAGGUAUCGUGAAUAUAAGGAGAACGUGUUGGCCGUG